UGGGGGCUGAGGCGAGGCCGCGUCCCGGCUGCUCCCGCCCCGCUGCCCUCCUCUGGGCGGCCCCGGGCCCGGCCCCACAGGGAGGCGGCCCCGCCGCCGGGAGUCCUGGGGCGGGCGGGCCGUGGCCAUGGAGCUGCCUGCCGUCAGCCUCAAGGCCAUCAUUCUGGUACACUGGCUGCUUACAGUGUGGGGAUGCAUGAAUUACUUGUUUCCAGCUUCCUAUGCCUGGGGAAAUUUCAGUAUCCUUGCAGUGGGGAUCUGGGCUGUUGUACAGCGAGAUUCCCUUGAUGCCAUCAUGAUGUUCCUGACUGGCCUGCUGCUCACAGUCCUCACAGACAUCAUUCAUGUCUGUGUCUUCUACCCUUCAAAUGAUUAUUUGACUGAUGUGAAGCGGUUCAGUAUAGGCAUGGCGAUCUUCAGCCUUCUCCUUAAACCUGCGUCCUGCUAUUUUGUGUAUCAAAUGUACCGGGAGCGUGGAGGAGAGUACACCUUUAAUAUAGACCUGGAGUCCUCGUCUGACAGCAAUUUUGCCCAUUAUGGUCUCACCCGUGCAGGCCAGGAUCGCAGCACCUAUGAGCCAAUUGAUCAACAGGAUGCCUCUCCGCAGUGGCCUGACCCAAGCAAGGCAGCCCCGCAUCCAUACUGAGGUCCUCAUCUGCAACAGAACGGACACCUCCCUCACCCAGUCCAGCCUUACACUACUCCCAUGUCUGUUCUGAUGGCACAAGACCUGCUACUGAGCAAAUAGGAGAGGAUGUGAUUAUACUUUUCUUUCACCUCCCUGAAGGUUAGGCAGAGGGGUUCCUGGAGUAAGUCCAGAAGAUCUCUAAUAACAUGUUAAGCACUGUGACUUUGUAAUUCCUGUACACUUUCCUUUCCUCUCUCCCCCAUAUCCCUCCGCUGUAUAUGCAAGUGGAUGAACCUACUAUGUUCUUCCAGGUUUUGUACUGGGCAUCCUCUCUACUGUAAGUAAGGGAACCACUCAAAUACUCCUGGACAAACUAUCUUUAAAAGGCUUACAGACUGCUCUUAACACAGUUCUGCCUGCUUUCGUGCUGAUACAUUUCCAGGAAACAUCUGGGAGUUCCUGGGGGGUGUUUUUGAUAUUUUUUUAAUUAAGAUUUAUGACCAUAACUCCCUGUGCUAGCUGUGGUUUUGCAUACAGCUGAUACAUUGGUAUCAAAUGCUCUUGCUGGACCAGAGAGUAUUCACUGAUGCUUUUACGCAAGUUGAAUGUCCUUUGGGAUACUUAAAAUGACUGUUAAAUGUUGAUUAUAGAUGUUCUGUGCCUUGAAAUGUCCUUCCGCCUUCAGCUGCCUGUCUUAACAGAACUUGAAAUGUUACAUUUUUCUAAGAAAGCUAUAAAAAUGAACACAGAUUUUGUGUUAGAAAAA